GUGCAACAAACUAACGCCAUAACGGAGAGAACAGCUGCCAGCUACAUCCAAACAUGCAGCCACCACCGAGAAAGGUAAAGGAGAGCCAGCAGAUGAAAGUGGUGUUCUCAGAGCAGCUCAACAAGCUGCAGACCAAACAGCAUCUGGACACCGAACUGCUGGAGGAGAUCAGGUCCUUCAGUAAGCAUCGCGCGGCUAUAGAGAAAGAAUACGGUCAGGCUCUUCAAAGGUUAGCUGUCCAGUACCAAAAGAGAGACUGGCAGAGAGGAAAUACAGAUGUGAUCACUUCUGGGAGUGUGUUCAGCGUGUGGCGCUCUGUGGUCGAUGCUACAGCUCAGACUGCGGCAUCGAGACUUUUCGCUGCAGAAGAAUACCGUCGGCUCAGUGGGCAAGUCUCCAAAAGUCUCCGCAAUGCAAAGGAUGUCCGGGCUAAGAGAGGCCUGGAACGGCUGCAGAGGGUGCAGGCUGAAGUGGUGGAUGCUCUACGGGAACUUCAAAGGGUCAAGAAGUGCUACCACGACUUCAGUCACAUUGCCAGUAUUGCACGUGAGAAAACUGCAGAUGCACAGGCCAGAGCUAGAAAAAGUGAACAUGGAAUUUUUCACUUUAAAACAGGACUCCAUAAAACGACCACAAAGCUCACUGCCAGACUCAAAGAGUGCGAUGACCGCUUGACUGAAGUUCGUAACGAGUAUCUGCUGACAUUAGCAGCAGUCAGAGCGCAUCGGCAGCACUACUACACAAACGACUUACCAUUUAUUAUGGAGCAAAUGGAUGGUGAUAUUUAUGAGGAUUUGAGAUGCCAUUUCACCCUGCUGUGUGGGACUGAGAUGGACUGCUGUCUUCAUACACACAAACAGUACAGCGGAGUGUGCGACAGUGUUGCAAAGGUGACCAGAGACAGAAAUGUUCAGCAGUUUCUCCAAGAUUCGGCAUCGUUCAGCAAAACCCCUGAAUUUACCUUCCAGCCUGCUCUGCGUGACAAGGUGUCAGUUCUGCAGGAAGUUUGUGGUUCAGAAGAAGAGGGCUGCCUGCUGAAGGAGGCUAAGAAAUGGACUGCCAAGGUGGCUAAAGACCACAAGAUCGUUGCCCACGGAGAGAGGGCUCUACAGAUGUUAGAGAGCCGACUGAAGCUCCUAUCCGGGGAGACGGCGCUCAGUGUGGAGCAGAAGAUAGCAGAGGUACAGGAGAGCGUCAGGAAAGCCAAGCUGAACAGGGCGAAGGCCGAGGCUCGCCUGGCCCUGCUGUCAGAGAGCACACCAGGAACAGAACAAUGGCUUCAUGCUGCCAUGAACCAGGUGGAAGAGGAGUUGGAGAGAGAGCGACAUCUCAGCGAACAGAGGAAGUCUACUGAAGACUUUUCAGAGGAUGAGUUUGAGCUGACUGACUUUGAGGACUACGAUGAUAAUGGAGAGAUCUUCACAGAUCCAGUGUCAGCAUCUGGAGUGUGUGUUUACCCUGCAGCCUGCAGAGGUAUUUACAGCUAUCAGGCUAGCCAAUCAGAUGAGCUGUCAAUCAUGGAAGGGGAGGAGCUUCAAGUAAUCGAGGAUGGAGAUAUGGAGGACUGGCUGAAGGUGUGUAACUCGUGUGGUCAGGUGGGCUACGUCCCUGAGCGGUAUGUGCAGCUCCUGUGUCUGCCAGCAGAGGACAGCACUCCGCUGGACAGCUCAUUCAGCUCCACCUCCUCCACUGUGACUAAAGAGACGCCAGGGAGUAGAGGUGUAGCCAGGGCUCUGUACUCCUACCAGGCUCAGAGCGCAGAGGAGCUUUCCUUCCAAGAGGGGGCGCUAAUACACCUGAUACGCCGUCCACGUGGAGAGGUUGAUGAUGGUUUUUGGGAGGGAGAGCUGAACGGACACAUCGGCGUCUUCCCAUCGCUGAUGGUAGAGCUUGUUCACAGUGAAGAGGAGGAUGAGGAAGAAAAAGGGGAGAUGGAGCCUCUUCCAACCCCAACCAUGCCCCCUUUCUCCCCUCCCAUCCCCACACCCUCAGCUCCUAGCUGUAAUUCAGAACUGAGCGCUGCUUCUCCGAGCAGUAUGGAGGACAAACAGCAGGCUGCUCUAAUGGAGGGAUCAAAGCUGGCAGGCAACAGACCGGUGUCGAGCACCUCCUCCACCUCCAACACAGAAGACUUCAUCUCAGGCUUGAGACAGACUGGAGUCGUAGCUGUCUUGUUACAGCCAAAACAUUGCUGAUUUGUGCCAUUUAUGUAUCGUCAGGUGGUUUUCUUGGUCAUGUGAGGCGUCACACAAGUACAGUAGUUGCAAUCUGUGUGUGUAUCACCGCUCUGUUCAUCGUCGCUUUUGCAGGAACAACAGGUUAUCAAGAAAACAUGGCAGCUUAGAUCCCGAGCAUUGUUUUUAGUACUUGACCUUUUAAAGACUGCCAAAGCACUGUUACAAGGAAUAUCAAAAUGCCAAUUUUAUUAAUACAACUUGUAAAAAUAAGAAAUUGCACAUGCAAUACGACUUUGAACCACAAGAUAGUCCAGCGAGUCUGUCCUGAAUCCAAAAUGAGACAAGUCAGGAUCAACAGUCAGGAUUACAAUAUGUCCCCACUUGUUUGGGCAGCUAGAAGAGCAAAGAAGCAUUACAAAGUCAUUUAUAUGUAAAGAAUGUAAUACUUGACAUGAAACUUUUACAAAAAGUAUCUUUUUAAAGCAGCAUUGUAAAAACAACCUUAAUUGAUUGCAGUCAUGUGAAAAAGAAAGUUUUCACAGCACUCCAUACACUUCUGUGAAAGCUUAUAUAGCACUACUUUUUUUUAAUAGGAAUUAACAAGUUACAUGACAGCCAACUGUUGAUAAUGAGAUGCACUUGAUUAACAUAAAGAAGAGGUUUUGGUAGUUUGCUGGUCGGGAGCAUGGAGGUGUGCAAACUACCUCCAAGUUCAGACUUUGCAAUUGUCAGAGAAUUGCAAAACACCCGAGCGCUACAUCUUACACUCUUCAGACCCCAGUAAGUAUGUUAAAUAUUAAAGUCGAAUGUGCACAAACUCCAACUAAUCGAAGCAACACUGUAAAGAAGAGCGGGCUAAAACUCCUGCACAAUGUGUGAUUCAUAAAGAAAUACAGAAAGUUGUUGCUAAAGGUGGCUCUGCAGCUAUGCAACCCUUCCAAAAUGCAACCCAUCCUUCCCACAUGACUACACAAUCGCGUGUUAAACUUGGACCUCUUAAGUUUUAGUGUAGCAAUCACUAACAAACACCGUUCAGACGUAACAUUAGGUAUUUGUUUUAUUUUCAUGAAGUCUAACAUUAGCUAGCAUACAUGCUAUUCUAAACGGCAACAGUUAAGCUAGUUAGCAUGUCGAAGGCUAACAUAUGAUCUACUUGU